GGUGUACUCACACAUUUUUUGAAUAAAUAAAUUAUUUCUCCCAUCAGUUUGUUGAUUUGAUUAAUUUACUUAGUCUGUAUUUACCUGUAUUACUUAUUGAGCUCUGGAAACUCAGGGCAAUGUGCAUGGAUAUUGUGAGGUAAAUCCUUUAUUCUUCCUUGUGAUUUCUAUAAAAGUUAAUGAUAUUUUAAUCAGGGGAGCAACAAUUAAUAUUAGCUAGAUUAGAAAAUCAUUUGGAAGGAUGAAGUAGAAUAUAGAGUCCAGUAUUUAUGUGCAGAUUUCUAGUACUCCCACCAAUUUGCUUAGGUUAUUUUAUGGCUCUAAAUUUCUAUAAUUAAGACAGAAAAAAUAAAUCUGCAUAUUGUAUCUGCAGUAGAAUGACUCUCUGUUAUAGCUUCCUCUUUUCAAAGAAUUGGGCUGGGCAAUUUAGAGUUUUCUGGCAAUGAUUCCAUUCUUCUCCUUUUUUAGAAUUAUAGUUCCUUAAAUAAUAGCAAUGAUAAUGCAGUUUAAUCCUUAAAAUGACUUCAGUAGUAUAUUUUCAUUGCUGUAUUAAUAUAGCUUCAGUAGUACAUUUUCAUUGGGAAAAAAAGAGAAAACCAACCCUUCAAUGUGCUGAAUAAACUAUAUAGAAAAAAAAUCUGGGUCUACAAAAAACUGGUACUGUUGGCUCAGAAUGUGAUAAUCUACAUGAAUUUUUGGAUAUCGUUUUUAGCAAAUGUGAAAAAUUACACAAUAUUUCCUUGAUAAUUCCUACCUUUGGAUAGUUGGAUAAUUCCAUUGUCCUAAAGACAAUGGAGAAUUUAAACUUAUGUGUUCAAAAUGAAUAUUGUUGUUUAGUUGAAUAUUUUAUUUUCUUCUUGACUAAAAAAAAAUUCACUCUAUUUUCCAAAAUAAUCAUUGCAGUAACGUGACCAAAAUGACAGAGUUCUGGCUGAUUUCUGCUCCUGGGGAGAAGACAUGUCAGCAGACAUGGGAGAAGUUAUGUGCUGCAACUAUAAAAAAUAAUAACCUGUCCAUCAAUGCAAAGUUUAACAUUCCAGAUUUAAAGGUUGGCACUCUCGAUGUCUUAGUUGGUUUAUCUGAUGAGCUGGCUAAACUGGAUACCUUUGUGGAAGGUGUUGUCAAGAAGGUGGCACAAUAUAUGUCUGAUGUGUUGGAAGACAGUAAAGAUAAAGUUCAGGAAAACCUUCUCGCCAAUGGAGUUGAUUUGAUUACCUACAUAACAAGAUUCCAGUGGGACAUGGCCAAGUAUCCAAUCAAACAGUCUCUGAAGAAUAUUUCAGAAAUAAUUGCUAAGGGAGUGACACAGAUUGAUAAUGAUCUAAAGGCAAGGGCAUCUGCAUACAACAGUCUAAAAGGCAACCUUCAGAACUUGGAAAGGAAGAAUGCGGGAAGUUUGCUAACAAGAAGUUUGGCUGAAAUUGUGAAGAAGGAUGACUUUGUACUUGAUUCUGAGUACUUGAUUACAUUGUUAGUAGUUGUACAAAA